AUGGCAACAACAGCUUCGCCGGCGUCCGUUCUCAGUAACGGUACAUUCUUUGCAAUUGGAAAUCCAUUACUUGACAUAAAUGCAAUAGUGGACUUGGAAUUUCUUGAGAAAUAUAAACUAGAAGCAAAUGAUGCCAUAUUAGCAACCCCUGAACACGAAGAAUUAUUCCAAGAAAUAAAACAUCAUAAGCAAGUUCAAUUUUUCGCUGGCGGGUCAGCACAAAAUAUGAUGCGUACAAUAAUUUGGUUUUUACAAAAGCCAAAAGUAGCAGCGUAUAUGGGAUGCGUUGGAAACGAUGCUUCAUUCGACAGAUUACAAGAAUUAGCUGAUAGCGCUGGCUUAAUAACUUCAUAUCAAAUAAAGUCGGGAUUCCCAACUGGAAAAUGUGCUGUUUUGACUACAGAGCAUAGCCGAUCAAUGGUUGCUAGUCUUGGAGCUGCACAACAUUUCACUAUCGACUAUCUGGAUAUUCCUGAAAAUCGGUUACUAUUUGAAAAUGCAAAAAUAAUAUGUUGUGAAGCAUUCUUUAUCCAAUCAUCUUUUGAUUCACUAUUGGAAUUAGCUGAACAUGCACAUGAAUACCAAAAAAUCUUUUGCAUCACAUUAUCAUCAAAACAUGUUGUGAAAAAACGAAAUGGAAAUCAUCUGUUAACCGCAUGGCCGUAUGCAGACUAUAUAUUUGGAUAUGAAGAAACAGAUGAUCUUCAUGCGAUAAUUACUGCGUUGCUUGACAUACCCAAGUUAAAUAAAUCCAGACCUCGUAUUAUUGUUAUAAGCAGACUAUUGGAACGCACAUUAGUAGGAAAAGGAACAGAAAUUACAGAAUAUACAUGGAAAUGGCCACCACAUAUAGUUGAUACACAUGGAUGCGGAGAAGCAUUUGUAGGAGGUUUUUUGGCAUACAUGGCAUUAGAAAAGAGCACCGAUGAAUCUGUUAAAGCUGGAAUAUACUGUGCAUACGAAUGUCUACAACGAACUGGAUGUACAUUUCCAGAUCGAGUUUCAUAUGACCCUGUGACAUUUUGGAAAUGA